UAACCUCAUGACGUGGUGAUUUUCAGAUAAGCGCAUGCGUAUGCUCUCUUGUCAUUAACAUCCGACAAAGCAAAGGAGCAGCAACGAUGAAGUACCUGGAGGUUGCAGUUGUUAUCUUUAUUUGUAUUUCUUGCUACAUUGAUGUUGGAGAAUCCAUAAAAUGUCAUGUAUGCAAUUCAUUUGAGACACAACAGUGUGGAGAUGAAUUUUCAAAAGAUAACACAGAUUUUCUGAUGGACUGUCCCACAAAUUAUACAAUGUGUAGGAAAAUUGUCCAAAAUGUGUUCUAUGAAGAUGACUGGAAUCUUCGUUACAUAAGAGAAUGUGCUAAAACUGGAGAAGUAGAAGAUACUUGUAGAGAAAGAACAGGAACCUACAAGGUCAAGGUUAAAUACUGUCAUUGUGGUUCUCCUGAAUGUAAUGGAGUAGCACAAAACAAGAUCAACUUUAUGGCAGCUCUUAUUCCCUUGUUUGUUGUAGCUCUGAUCACAUUCAAGAAGUUAUGAUGAAAAUGUCUUUAAAAAAAAUUGUAAACCACGGGUACUUCAUUGACUGUUAAAUAUCUAUGCAAUACCACUCCUGUCACACACAUUAAAGAUCUAGUAAGAGUGUAAACUCUUGAUGUGACAGGAAAAGGUUUUUGGAAGGAAGGAGGUCAUGAUAAAACUAAAUCGCAUAGUUUGAACGAAAUUCACAAGUUUGUGUGAUGAGUUGAGAGUUGAUGAGAAAAUGGAACAUAUGUGAUACCAUUCAUAUAAUUUUAUGUCUGAAAACAAAUAAACAAGCAAUGAAACUCAUGUACUGAUAAAAAAAAGGAACCAGUGCUUAACAUUUUAACAUCUGAAAUAUAAAAAAAGGGAUGGUGCAAGAUUAUUCUAUGCUUGUUUAAUUGAUUUUACUGUUAUUUUUAUUUUUAUUACAUAUCCAUCAUUCACUGCUGUAAAAUAUUGUGAUGAAAAUUGUCAUUUUAGAAAAAGGAACCAGUGCUUAACAUAAAACAUCAAACAUAUAAUAUUAACAAAUGACUUUGUUUUGUUUCAAUGUUUUAUAGCUUUAUCAUAUUCAUUGUUCAUAACUUUGAAGGGCAGGGAAGAUAAAUGAAAUUUCAAGUUUUGAGUAAUUUGGUUUGUCAGUUUUAACAUUCCUAUCACUGAAGGAAGUACAAACAAAUUGUGCUUUAAACUUUGCACUUUAAACUUUGUAACCAUAAAAUACCAUGUACAAAAAAUCAUUUAUACUAGAGCUUUUUGAAUCUCAAGUUAUGAAAAUUUCUCUUGCUUCGAAUCCAAUAUACACUUUGAAAUACUUGCAUAUAUUUGGGGAAAAGAAAUUAAAAAAAAAGAAUCCAUCUUCUUGUCAGUUUAAAUGUAUGAAAAAUUGUUUACAACUGUAUACUUAAAUGAUUUUAAUGAGAAAGGUUUUUUUACAUCUUUUAUAAGUGGCAAGGAUUCUUAAUAAACUUCUGAAAUCUUA